CGCAUGUUUGCUGACGUCCAACAGUCGACUUGCACUAAAGUCUCCGGGGCUGAAGGCCUAGGGACUUUUUGUUGCUGUUGAAAAUUCCAACAAAUGCCCGUGUUUUCGUACCCGUUUUGAGCGGGUCAUCGUCUAUAUGAAGCAUUCGUGCCUUGUGUUGACUGCGAAAUAAGAGUACGAUAGUAGUCGGAGAAGCCAGCUGGUUGUAGGAAGUCACUGCUAGGAAGCUGCGAGGACUGACAAAAUGACAUCUCGGAGGUGGUUCCACCCAAACAUCACGGGUGUCGAGGCUGAGAAUCUUCUGUUGACCAGAGGAGUUGAUGGAAGCUUUCUGGCCCGGCCUAGCAAGAGUAACCCUGGAGACUUCACCCUCUCAGUCCGGAGGAACGGCGCUGUCACCCACAUCAAGAUCCAGAACACAGGGGACUAUUAUGACCUGUACGGGGGAGAGAAGUUUGCCACGCUGGCCGAGCUGGUGCAAUACUACAUGGAGCACCAUGGGCAACUGAAGGAGAAAAACGGCGACGUCAUCGAGCUCAAGUACCCGCUCAACUGUGCCGACCCCACUUCAGAACGGUGGUUCCACGGCCACCUGUCUGGCCGGGAGGCCGAGAAGCUGCUGACGGAGAAGGGGAAGAACGGCAGCUUCCUGGUGCGGGAGAGCCAGAGUCACCCCGGGGACUUUGUCCUCUCCGUCCGCACGGGGGACGACAAGACGGACAGCAGCGACAGCAAACCCAAAGUGACGCACGUCAUGAUCCGCUGCAAGCCUGACCUGAAGUACGACGUGGGCGGGGGGGAGAAGUUUGACUCUCUCACUGACCUGGUGGAGCAUUACAAGAAGAACCCCAUGGUGGAGACCCUGGGCACAGUGCUGCAGCUCAAACAGCCCCUCAACACCACGCGCAUUAACGCUGCCGAGAUCGAGAGCAGGGUGAGGGAGCUCAGCAAGCUGGCCGAGGCCACAGACAAGGUCAAACAGGGCUUCUGGGAGGAAUUUGAGACCCUACAACAGCAGGAGUGUAAGCUUCUGUACAGCCGUAAGGAGGGCCAGAGAGCAGACAACAAGAACAAAAACCGAUACAAGAACAUCCUACCCUUCGACCAUUCGCGCGUGGAGCUGAAAGAUGGGGAUGCAAAUGACCCGGGCUCUGACUAUAUUAAUGCCAACAUCAUCACGGUAGUAAAUGAAACCAUGCCGGACGGCGAGUCCAAGUUGACCAGCGGCCGGCUGAAGAAGAGCUACAUCGCCACGCAGGGCUGCCUGCAGAACACCAUCAGCGACUUCUGGAGGAUGGUCUUCCAGGAGAACUCCCGGGUCAUCGUCAUGACGACCAAGGAAGUGGAACGGGGGAAGAGUAAGUGUGUGAAGUACUGGCCUGACGUGUCGGCUCUGAAGGAGUACGGAGCCAUGCGGGUCCGCAACGUCAAGGAGACCGCCGCCCACGACUACAUCCUACGAGAACUCAAACUGUCCAAGGUUGGACAGGGCAACACGGAGCGCACCGUGUGGCAGUACCACUUCAGGGCGUGGCCGGACCACGGCGUGCCCACUGACCCUGGAGGAGUGCUGGACUUCCUGGAGGAGGUCAACCUGAAGCAGGAGAGCAUCCUGGAGUCUGGGCCCAUAGUGGUGCACUGCAGCGCUGGGAUUGGCAGGACGGGCACGUUCAUAGUCAUCGACAUCCUCAUCGACGUCAUCCGAGAAAAAGGGGUGGACUGUGACAUAGACGUCCCUAAAAGCAUCCAGAUGGUUCGAUCGCAGCGCUCUGGGAUGGUGCAGACUGAGGCUCAGUAUCGCUUCAUCUACAUGGCCGUGCAGCACUACAUAGAGACACUGCAGCGUCGCAUCGAGGAAGAACAGAAGAGUAAGAUUAAGGGGCGCGAGUACACCAACAUCAAGUACUCUCUGUCUGACCUGACCGCUGGAGAUCAGAGCCCCCUGCCCCCCUGCACCCCCCUGCCCCCCUGCACCCCCCUCCCCACGCCCACCUGCACAGAGAUGAGGGAGGACUCUUCUAGAGUGUAUGAGAAUGUGGGAUUGAUGCAGCAGCAGAAAAGCUUCAGAUGAGAUUCGACCCCUUUAUGCUGUCCCAGUUCCAGGAACCAGAACGAGUUUGUUUGCAAGCUGCACCUUAACUCCUGAGACAUCGUCAUGACGAUGACACGGAAUGAUGGACAACAUA